GCUUCUAAACCACCUACUCUCCUCAGGUCCGAGGCGCCGGCCCCCCAGUUUCCUGUGUGAUCCCGCCACCGCCAUGGCAGAGUUGGGCCUAAAUGAGCACCAUCAAAAUGAGGUUAUUAAUUACAUGCGUUUCGCUCGUUCAAAGAGAGGCUUGAGACUUAAAACAGUAGAUUCCUGCUUUCAAGACCUCAAGGAGAGCAGACUGGUAGAGGAGACGUACACCGUGGAUGAGGUCACAGAAAUCCUGAGUGGACUGCAGGCUGUGGUACACAGUGAGGUGGAGUCUGAGCUCAUCAAUACAGCCUACACCAAUGUGCUGCUCCUACGGCAGCUGUUCUCACAAGCUGAGAAAUGGUACCUAAAGCUACAGACAGACAUCUCUGAACUUGAAAACAGAGAAUUAUUAGAACAAGUGGCUGAAUUUGAAAAGGCAGAAUUUACAUCUUCAAAUAAAAAGCCCAUCAUAGAUAUCACAAAGCCCAAACUUAUUCCAAUUAAUGAAGGUGGAACAACAGAACUGCUAAACAAGGAAAUUUUAAGACUUCAACAAGAGAAUGAAAAAUUAAAGUCAAGGCUGAAGACCAUUGAAAUACAGGCUACAAAUGCUUUGGAUGAGAAGUCAAAAUUGGAAAGGACACUUCAAGAUUUACAGCUUGAUCAAGGAAAUGAACAGGAUUUUAUAAAGGCCCAUGACUUGGAUGACUUGGAAAACACAGUCGCAGCUCUUAAGAACGAAUUUCAGAAAACCCUUAAUGAUAAGACAGAGAACCAAAAGUCUUUGGAGGAGAACCUAGCAGCAGCCAAACAUGACCUCCUCAGAGUCCAGGAGCAGCUGAGCAUGGCUGAAAAGGAGUUAGAGAAAAAAUUCCAACAAACAGCAGCAUAUCGAAACAUGAAAGAAAUUCUCACCAAGAAGAAUGAUCAAAUCAGAGACCUACGGAAAAGACUGGCAAGAUAUGAAUCUGAAGAUUAAAGACUGAAGGUUUUGUCUAGAACCUGCCACACAUAAACAUACAAGUUAUCUCCAUCCACCUCAGGCAUGUAUUUUGAAGCCUUUUGUCAUAUUUUCUCCUUUUUCUAGUGUUUAGACUUUGCUUGUAAUACUAGAAUUAGCAUUCUUGUUUUUAGUUCUCUAACCGAGAAGAGAAAAAAAAGUAAUGAUUUUUUAUUGUCCCAAACAUCUGUCUGUCAAAUGCUCUAGAAUCUCUUGCAAGUACAGUGAGAUUUCUUCAUGGUAGAAAAGAGUUUAGAAUGGGAAUAAGAGCCAUCCUUUUGCAUUAGGAAGAAGAGUAACCCUUUUAAUGUUAGAGAAACAGUACCACCAUUACUUGUACAGUCCCAGAAUGUAAAGAUAAAUAGUAAAGUUAUUAAGAUUUACAAAUAAACCUCUUAUUUUUAAUAAUGAAAUUCUAGUUAAUUUAUUCUAUCUCAUCUUCAAAAUGUAUAAACUCAUGGAAAAUAUGUUUACUGUCUGCUGUAGUCAACAUUUUUAAUCAAUUAUAAGGGAAAGUGAGUGCAGUAAAUGUGAAGACUCAGUUAACCUUUGCACCUCUCUGUCACGAUGCUGCUUAUCAAAAGAGAUGCAGGCAUUUUCUUGCAUCCUAACUUAUCACAGGUAUGUGUUGUGGAUGGAGAAGUCAGAUUUAUCCUAUGCUUUCACAGUUUAGAAAUUAGGUGGACUCAGAGUAUAUGCAAUCUUUAGACUUAUUUCCAGAAUAUCCUUUUAACCUAUAUGUAAAUUAUAACUCUUUCAAACUCUGACUCAACAGAAAGUCAGCGACAAGGUUCCAGGUUGGACUUUGGGUCAUAGUUUGUAUAUGGUAGAUAAAUGGUGUUUUCAAGAGAUUUUAGUAUUUCUAUUGGUUGGCUUUUCCUUGGCUGAUCAUAUAUAAAGUAGUAGAAACAGGACACAUACCUGCAGUGUGUAGUGCAGUGUUGUGGUACACGAAUAAAUAAAGACCACAAGGCAGUUAAACCUCAGAAGGAAAGCAUUUACCUUUCACCUGUUACCAUGGAAGUUUUCUCAUUUCUCAAAACAUGUCACAUCCUGUGUGAACAACCUGAGAGAGGAUCUCCACCUCCACAAAUAGGGAACUUAUUCCUGGAAAGAGUGUACCGAUAAAAAUUUACAUCUGUUAUUUUCACUCAAACUUUUAGUACUAGAUUUGAAUGUACUGUGGGGUUUUGUAGGCUAAAGGAACAAAUAACAGUGAGGUAAUUUCUCCCUGAAAAAGCAGGGAAGGCGAUCUUAGAAGAUGAGUGAAUUGGCAAAGAAGAGAAAAAAAUAGAGUAACAAGCCAGCAUUUCCCACACACUUUUUCUCAUCCAUCCAUCUAUAGCUGGAUCACUCAUCAGAUUCUUGUAGGGUGCUCAUUGAGGGCUCUAGUUUUACCCUGUAUUUCUUUAGCCCAACCCUAACUAAAAGUCCAUCUCGUCAUUUGUAGACUAGGAUGUUCUGUCUAAGUCAGAAACCAGAAUUUCUAACUAAAUGGAAAAUGUUUCUUUCAGAAACUGUUUAGUUAUAUUCUGCCUACAGAUUUCUCAGUUUAAUGUCAGAAAAAAAGACUUAUUAAACAACCUGUAAAACAUUGCUGGGUAAAAGUUUAUUUAUUUAUGUUUGUUGGUAGGGGUUUUGAAAUAGUCUGUGUUGUGUGUUCUACUUGUUGAAUAAUAAAUUCAAAAGUAUUUGUGAAAGCUUAAACUCUCUUAAGCAGUAAGAUAAGCAAAUAGGCCGCAUAAAUCAAUGCGAUGCUUCUUUUACUUACACCAUUUACUGCUUCUGGGUUUUUUGCUGUACUGAUUUCUUUUUAAACUCAUACCGCUCAGCAAAAUGUGAUUUUAAAUGUUUAUUUUACUUGGUUUCCCAGUUUUAAGAUUUCCCUCAUUUGACUAAAAAAGCCAGUUUAGUCUGUACAUUUUAGCUCUUUAGUCUUGAGUAAGCUGUUAAUGUUCUGGUAACUGUGGACAGUUUGAGCUGGUAAGCCAUCUUAAUGAAGCUCCUGGCCAGGGUGCAGCAUUUAACCUACCACACAUGAGGCCCUGGGAUCAGCUCCCACACUGUGAAACAAAAGCAAAAACAAAUAAAAUGCAGCUAAUAUCUUUAAUUUGACAGUUAAAUGUUUAUUUGUUCUUAUCUUAUAUUUGUAUAUGUGUUAAAUAAAUAUUUACUCAUUUGUUUAUGUCUUAUAAAUAUAAUUAUAUAGAAUAUUUUGUUCUCUGAAAUAUGUAAUUAUAUUCAAUAAGCCUUUACUAUCUGUUACUUCCAUUUUGAUAAUCCCAAGGAACCUGACACCCCCUUCUGACUUCUACAAGCACCAGGCACUCGUGUGGUGCUAAGACA